AUGGGACAAACUAGUCAGCGACCUGGUUCACAACAGCCAAUAGGAUCAGAGCAGCCAAUGGGACAAACUAGCCAACACCCUGGAUCACAGCAGCCAGUGGGACAAACUAGUCAGCGACCUGGUUCACAGCAACCAGCGGGACAAACAAGUCAGCGACCUGGAUCGCAACAACCGUUGGGACAGACGACCAAGCAAUCGAAAACACGGUAA